AUCAGGCUCUUGACCAUUCUGCCCGGAAACCACAACGAUGAAAUCAUGUUAUCGCUGCACCAGACAUCGCUUGAUACACGGCCAACUCCAUCGUACGAGGCUCUAUCCUACGUAUGGGGAUCUCCCAAAGACCCAGAAACGAUAUUCAUCACUGGAUCCAACGAACUAUGGGACAUUCAAGUGACGAGAAACCUUGCCGUAGCACUGCGGCACUUUCGCUAUACGGACAGGCCUCGUGUCACAUGGAUCGACGCCGUUUGUAUUGAUCAAUCGAAUCUCGACGAACGGAGCAGCCAGGUACAGCUCAUGGGUGAUAUCUACAGGCUUGCACCGAGCGGAGUCAUAGUUUGGCUGGGUCCCGAAGAGGGGUCGAGCAAGUACGGCAUGCAACUUCUGGAGCAGUUGUCCUCGAAAGUGGAAAUCGUCGAACCAGAGAGGUUCGUCCCUUCUGCGCAGUCUCAACGUGACGGGACAUGGGCAGACAUGAACCAACCACUUCCAUACCAGGAACGAGAACUCUUUGCCUUGGGAGGUAUCAUCAACAGGCCGUGGUUUACAAGAGUCUGGAUCCGCCAAGAGAUCUUCCUAGCUUCCGACAACGCUUUGGUUCUGUGCGGUGACUGCACGAUGACAUGGAACAACUUUUGCAAAGCAAUCCGUUGCGUUUAUGCGAAGAAUACCCCAGCUGUGCUGCGUCAGUUCCCGAUCCAAACGAGGUGGUUUAGGGAGAACGAGGAUAGUUUGGUAAGAAUUUGCGAGCUUGCCCGCAAGACCCCGUUCACUUUCAAACGCUUGAGAAAGGCCCAAGGAUACUCUGAUUGCAAAGAUCCAAGGGACCGAAUUUAUGCAGUUCUCAGCAUGGUCUACGCCCCAGAACAACAGCUCGGCAUUGUUCCGGAUUACACCCUAUCCAUACUUCAUGUUUACAGAGAUGUCGUCAGGCGUUUUAUGGGCAUGGGAGACUUGGACCUGCUUGCCGAAUGCAGGCCGACAGACUCAUCUUGGAUAUCCUGGGUUCCCGACUGGUCACAGUUUUCGAGGUCUGACUCCUUGCAGUACGCCUUUCUCGCAGGAGGGCCUUUCCUUGCGGUAUCAAGGAAUUUAAACAACGACGACAUCCUCAGCAUCAGCGGGGUUCGAAUCGACCGAGUUAGCAAGGUAUUUGACCUUCACAAUCUCAUCGAUUACAACUACGGGAGCUUCAUCAAAAUGAUCAGAACGCUCAUUCCUUCCGACUAUGCCCAGAUGAACUAUGCUACCGGAGGGUCCGCCAUCGAAGCAUUUGUUCGCACUCUCGUGACCGAACAGCUUGAAGAAAUCUGCCACCCACCGGCGCUAGGCCCCCCCAAACUCCUUGACGGCAUCCGGACAAUCCGCAAGAUCAUCGCGCCAGGAAACGAAGCCAUACAAUACCACGACUUCGACGACGGCGAAAAGAAGUUUAUCAGCUUCGUGAACACGACUAUGGAAGACAAGACCCUCUUCUUUACUUCCUCAAGCCCACCUCUGAUGGGAGCCGGCAUCCAGUCGUUGCAGCCAGGCGACUUGGUCUGCGCCUUCCUCGGCUGCGAGAGGCCUUUACUCCUCCGACCGAUCGAGAACUCCAAAUACCGAGUCCUCGGACCGGCAUACCUCUGCGGCUACAUGCACGGGCAAGCGUUUCUCGGGCCAAUCACAGCCCCGUUUCGAGUUGUGACUACCUUCGUGCCGCAGUCAGGAGGUGAUGUUUUUGGGUUCUUGGAUACGGGUGCUGGAAGGUUUCAAAUCGAGGAUCCGAGGAUAGACAGGCUGCCGCUUGAC